AUGAACAAGACCACAGUUAUGGUCUUCCAGAUAAAAUCCAGAUCUCAGGGUAACAGGUACCGCUUCACCCUGGGCAUCGCCACACUGGACCACAGCACCAGCUACACCUACCUGGAGAUGCAGACGGAGCGUGCAAAGAGGAUGGACUCUGCAGGAGAAGAAGCGUCCCUGAAUUCACCUGAGCUGCCCUGGAACCAGCUCUAUUGGAAGAGAAGGACCGAGUCCAGGAUCCAGUUAAGGAGGAGAGUGUGCUUCACUGGCCCUGCUGCUGCUGCUUUUACCGUGGUAUUGGCAAUCCUCAUACUGGCUGCUGGCAGUGUGAGCAGCGACAGUGAGUUUGUGAAAGUCCCGAGCUCAGUGAAGUGUACUGAGGGGCAGGACUGUAUCCUGAGCUGCACCUUCUACUACACAGCUGGAGGCUGGGAUGAGAAGUCAGCUGUGAUCUGGAGAAGAGCAGAAACGGACCACAUCGUUCAUGGUUACUAUAACAACAGGGACCAGCUUAACAAUCAGUCCCCUCAGUAUGUGAACAGGACCAGCCUGUUUGAUUCUGAGCUGCAGCGCGGGAAUGCUUCACUGCUGCUGAGGAGAGUCAGGGAGGAAGAUGCUGGAGAAUACAAGUGCUCUGUUAAUGCUCCCAGACUGUACGGGUCGGGCCUGACUGAGGUAGUCGUGGUUCCGGCUCAACCCACAACAGCACCAGCUCCUGUGACAGUCCCGAGCUCAGUGAAGUGUUCUGAGAGGCAGGACUGUAUCCUGAGCUGCACCUUCAACUACACAGCUGGAGGCUGGGAUGAGAAGUCAGGUGUGAUCUGGAGAAGAGCAGAAACGGGGCGCAUCGUUCACGGUUACCAUGACAACACGGACCAGCUUGCCGAUCAGCUCCCUCAGUAUGUGAACAGAACCAGCCUGUUUGAUUCUGAGCUGCAGCACGGGAACGUUUCACUGCUGCUGAGGAGAGUCAGGGAGGAAGAUGCUGGAGAAUACAGGUGCUUCGUUUCCACUCCUAGACUGUCCGGGUCGGCCCUGACUGAGGUAGUCGUGGUUCCGGCUCAACGACACGCCUGGUGGGUUUCAGGAGCAGUUCUUUUUUGUGUGAUUGCAGGGCUCUGUGUCGGUCUGUGGCUCUAUAAAAGACGCGCAGGUCACAGGUGAAAGUCCAACAAGGCUUCUAGUGCAGCACAGGCAGUGCCGUUAUCAGACGUGAUCGAGGAGCCCAGUGAAGUCUGACCGCUCCCCUGCACUGCAUUAUUUACCCAGUUUAAUACAAGCUCCCAAAACUAAAUAGUCACUUUGAAUUAGGAAACGUGAUCAGUGUUGAAGAGAAAUUUUAAACAUCACAUUGUCUCCGAGACAAUUGAACUAUAAUCUGAACUCUCGUUGUCUUUGCACGAUAUCAGAACAAUCCAGCAAAGAGAUACAGUAGUUUAUUGAACAUGACAACCUCUUCAGCUCCAGGAUGCACAUCAAAGGAAAGAGCACUUGCAGUACCACGCCCUGCCUGCGCACGUCAAGGUUUGCCAUCUGUUCUCUGGGGUUUUUAUUUUCAAUCUGAUCUCUUUGUAUUCAUGCUCUGAGGCAGGGUUAGUGUGUGUGUUUUGAAGUCAGGGAGGAGAGAUGGAAAUCAUCAGGUGACUUUAUUAUCCAGUUGUGUUCCGUGCACAAAUCCCUCUCUAUCUGUGAAGACAUUGACAAGAGCUGGAGACGAUCAACGAUCUCAAGUAUAUACAGAGUAUUUCAUUGUAUUAUUUCUGCAGUUUUGCUUGUCUACCUUUAUUUUAUAUUCGUAUUUGAUUGCAAAAAAAUAUAUGGCAGCGUACAUGGAUUGUGAGAAGAGGAGCGCUGAAGAGUUUGAGCCGUGUUCGGAGGAUUUCUGAAAGCAGCGACAGCACUUGGAGUAUCUUUUACAGUGCUGGGACAAAAUACUGUGAAGCCAGAAAUACUUGCAACCAAAACAUUCAGUGAAUCACUCCCGUAAAACCUAUUUUAUUCCAGAAAUGUGGCGGCCUGUAGCAAUAUACAAAGUAUGUAUUGUCAGUGGAAUUUGAUUUAGUGCCGAUUUUU